UCGGAAAUGCCGGAAUCGUCGAGAUGUAUCUUAAGAGCUACAGAUGUGAUGGACGGUUGAAUCGUCGGAAGUAUCUUAAGAGCUACAGAUCUGCAAAUCUUUUUCAGGUAGUUGAAAUGCUGGUGGUGCGUGGCAUGAUGGAGAAACUUUAGAAUUUUUCUUCAAUGUCCAGAUGAGCAGAACUGAUGUUAUUGGCAGUCGAAGGAGGAGGGUUCUUCUCUUCUUCAGCUUCUGGAUAUAGCAAGGGCCUGACCCUUCUUCUGUUGGGUCGGAAGAACGAAGAAAGACCCAUGAGAGUGUCACCGUGGAAUCAAUACCAGUUGGUGGAGCAAGAAGUCGAUCCUGACCUCCAGCUGGCUUCCAGGAAGAACCGGGUGUCCCGCGGAUGCGCUGCCUUUGUUUGCUUUGGUCGCGCCUCCGCUGGACUCGAGGGCCCCUCCCCGCCCAAAGUGGGUCCUGUCCAGCAGCAGGAUAUCGUGGCUGUGUCUCCUGCUAUUUCUGACAAGAAUGAGGAUUGUCUCUCUCAGCAUGGGGAUGAUAAAAGCAUAAGAAAGGUCUGUCUCAAGAGCAGCUUAAAGAAGUCUUCCAAUUACACUUCAAAUCCAUUAGCUAGUGGGGAGUGUAAUUUGCAUGAGACAUCAAAUGAAACACUAAGUGAGGUCCCUAGUACCGAAAGGAGGAAAGUGCAGUGGACAGAUGCGCAUGGUAAAGAACUUGUUGAGAUCAGGGAAUUUGAACUCAGUGAUGUAGGUUUAACAGAUGAGGAAUUAGAAGCUGAAAAUGAACGGAGCUGUGCAUGCGUGAUUAUGUAGUUUGGGCCAGAACGGGCUUCUGGUUCUGAAGCAACCGGAUUAGACCCUGUCAUCUUACUAUCCAAAAGAGCUCAAGGUCAAGAUGAGUGUCAAGGCAACAAUGUAUCAGAUGAAUGACCACUAACAGAGCCCUUCACUUCUUCCUCUUGCACUUUGUCUAGCCCUGCUGAUUUCCAGGAGAAGAAAAGUGGGUCUGUUUCAGAUUGAUCAGUCAGUCUCCUUUUCCAUGUUUGAGAUUUCAAUUUUGUCUGUCUAGCUUAUACAUGCUUUCCUGCCAAGUAUAUAAUGUGAUGCCAUUGUCAUUGUUUCAUGGUAAUUAAAAUGUGUGUAUUUUUUCUUUUUGGA